AAUUUUUGUGGUUUUUAAGAAUUGGUUCACACACUUUGACUUUUGAAAAUUGCAAAAAAUUUAAACAUUAUUACAAACAUAUGUAUAUAUUACUAUAAAAAAUAAAUACAUUGGUGAAAUGCAAAAAAAAUUUUCCUCAUAAUUAUUGUUGGUACGUUCCUGUGAGAAUUUACCCACUGAGCAUGAAACCCAGUGUGAUAAUGUUAAAAGUAACUCUAAAUAUACAACAAUUACUAAUUAUCUUGGUAAUAUGACAAAGUCAGCAUCUAGACGGAUAUCACGUAGUCAAACAGAUGUUAGAAGGGGCAGUCAUGAUCAUUCUGUGAUUUCAACUCAUAUUAGAGAUAAUGAUGACGGGGCUGAUAUCCAAAUAUUUAAACCACUACAAGUUCCACAAUUUGUUACUUGCUGCAUAAAUUAUUUGGAAGAAAAUGGGCUGCACAAAGUCGGCAUAUUUCGAGUAAGCACCUCGAAAAAAAGAGUAAAGCAGAUGCGAGACAAUUUUGAUAAGAAUAAUGAUAAGAGUUUUGAUGACGAUACAUGUCCACAUAAUGUUGCCACACUUUUAAAAGAGUUUCUAAGAGACCUUCCGGAGCCUUUACUGUUAAAUGGUCUUUAUAAUGCAUUUUUGGAUACGCAAAAAAUACGCAACCGACGUUUACAAUUAGAAGCUAUAUCACAUCUAGUAAAACUUUUACCGCCAGCACAUCGUGACACCUUAUAUGUGUUGUUAAAAUUUUUAGCAAAAGUUGCGGCCUGUUCGGAUGAUAUUUGCGAUAAUGACGGAACUGUACAUCUUACUGGAAAUAAGAUGGAUAGUAAUAAUUUGGCAACCGUUUUUGCACCUAACAUUUUACGUUCAACGGAAAAAUACAAAUCAUCGUCCAGAGAAUACUUAAAUUCUAGUAAGGAACAAGAGUCCAUUAGUGAUGCCAUAAAUGUGAUUAGGUAAUAUAACAUAUCUUUUAAAUGCGUUUCCAAAUCCAUAUACAUUUUUUACUUAAUGUCCAAUAUUCAUACGAUUAUGUUCUCAAUGCGGGAAACAUUUUUACCCUAAAAAAUCAAAAACCUAUGUUAACCAUAGGAAAUUUAUAUUUGUUUUAUUUAAUUGCUAGCUUCACUGCCCUGAAAAAAAUAUAAAUAAAAAACCUUUACGAUAUUCCAUAUUUACUUGUUUUUGGGAGAAACCAGUCCCAUUUUUCCUCCAAAUG